AUGUGUGGGAAUGAAAAAGGUGACAGGUUUAACAGUGAAGCAGCAGUAGUGAAGGUGGAUAAGUUUAACUACCUGGGGUCAACCAUCCAUAGUGAUGUACGUUCCACAGGAGAGGAGAAGAAGAGAGUGCAGAAGAGUGAAAGGGAAGACAGGGGGCUGAAGUUUUUCUUUUUUGUUUCAGCUGUAGGUUACAACACCAUCAUUAACAUCACAACAAGGACAGCCAACUCGAAAUUAAGAGGUCAAACUGAAGCUCUCUACAUCUUGACCAAGUCCAACAACACGAGAUUUGAGUUUAUUUUUACAAAUGUGGUUCCAGGAAGUCCGAGGCUUUUCACCUCUGUCAUCGCUGUCCACAGAGCCUAUGAGACUUCCAAAAUGUACCGGGACCUGAAACUGCGAGCUGCACUGAUUCAAAAUAAGCAGCUUAGACUCCUGCCCCGCGAGCAAGUGUAUGAUAAAAUUAAUGGAGUCUGGAAUUUAUCCAGCGAUCAGGGUAACCUUGGAACCUUUUUCAUUACCAAUGUUCGGAUUGUGUGGCACGCAAACAUGAAUGAGAGCUUCAACGUCAGCAUUCCUUACCUCCAGAUUUGGUCUAUCAGAAUAAGAGACUCAAAGUUUGGCUUGGCGCUGGUGAUAGAGAGCUCACGCCAGAGUGGUGGGUACGUGCUUGGGUUUAAGAUUGACCCAGUGGAAAAACUCCAAGAUGCACUCAAAGAAAUCAACUCCUUGCAUAAAGUGUACUCUGCUAACCCCAUCUUUGGAGUGGAUUAUGAAAUGGAAGAAAAGCCGCAGCCUUUGGAAGAGCUCACAGUGGAACAGCCUCCCGAUGACGUGGAAAUCGAGCCCGAUGAGCAGACCGAUGCAUUUACUGCCUACUUUGCAGAUGGCAAUAAGCAACAAGACCGUGAGCCGGUUUUCUCUGAGGAGCUCGGCCUCGCCAUUGAAAAGCUAAAGGACGGCUUCACUCUUCAAGGGCUGUGGGAAGUAAUGAGCUGAGAUAACAUCAAACACAUGUACAUAUUUUAUGUAGUUGUUCUGCUUGUAUAGACAAUAUUGCUUAUAGCUCUGGUUAAAAGAUGUACAGUUUUGCUGAGUGCAGUUUCCUAAAAAAAGAAAAGUAAAUUGUGACGUUUACUAUAUAAAACAUUUUCUUGUAGUGAACUUGAAUGUAAUAUAAAUAAAGAUAUUCAAACAGA